GUCUAUCGAGGUUUCGUAUAUCUUGCGUUUCUAGCAAGGGUUAAUGUGACCGAAUGUGACUCGAAAGCUCGAAAGUGACUAGUUUCCUUUGAAUCAAAACGGAAAGGGUGUUUGGAGGUUUGGAGGUUAGGAUGCACGGCUAAUUGUAGUAAACAUUGCAGUUUUAAAAUGUCUUUUGCAGGUUUAGUAAAUAGAUGGUCGAGGUGCUUUUUUCAGAAUACGUAUGCAUAUAAGUACACAGAACGUCGAGGUGUAGCAAUUUCUGAACGUUAUUCUCAGCAACCUGAAACGAAGUAUGAAGGUACUGAAGAGUUCAGAGUUUUGGAUUUAAAACCAAAGAAAACAGCAGUUAGAAGGAAGCUUAGAAAAAAGCAAGAAGUAAUGCCACCACGCACCUCUUUAAUGCCAGUCGACCAAGACUGGGGCAGCGUUUGGCCAGGGCCACGAACCUUUCAUCCUGCAUCAGUGCCUCUCCCACUAAGACAGGGUUACAAGGAAAAAGAUGCACCUCCAGGAAAAUUUGGCAAUGCUGAACUCAUGAAAAUUCCAAAUUUCCUUCACCUGACUCCACCAGUGAUUACAAGACAGUGUGAAGCUCUGAAAAGUUUUUGUAGUGCAUGGCCGCAAGGUCUUGAAACAGAUGCAAAAUGUGAAGAAUCAUUUCCAUUGGAGAUCAUAACAUCAGACUACUGCCACUCAUCACCUGAUAUCAGAGAUCCUCUGGCAAGGAUUGUUACGCUUAAGGUGAAGCUUGGCAGACUCCCAUUGAAUACACAUGCGAAAGACAAGCUUCUAAGGCUGGUUGGGGAGCGUUACAACCCUGAAAAUGAUGUCUUAACAAUAAUGACAGAUCGCUGUCCUCUCCGCCAGCAAAACUUGGACUAUGCCCUUUAUCUGCUCACUACAUUAUUUUAUGAAUCAUGGAAAAUAGAAGCAUGGGAGAGUGAAAAGAGUGAAGCAGAUAUGGAAUAUUACGAUUGGGAUGCUAGUGCGUCUCGUAAAAAUGUGAUGGGACUUCUGUCCUGGAAACCAGACCAGAAUGCAGCAGAGAUGUCUGCUGAUGCCAUGGACUUAGAUAUAAAGGAAUUUAAAGAAGCUGUUUCAAAGAUCAUGAAUGAAGGUGAAGAGGAAUAUACACUCAGUCGGUAUAAAGAGGAAGUGAAGAAGUUGUUUUCAUUACAAGAUAUCAGCAGUAAAGUGUAAAUAGUUAUUAAUAAAUAAAGAGUUUUCAGUGUCCUAUCCAUUGGAGGUUGUUAUAUGAAGAAGUCAACAGUGCUUGUGUAGCAGAGAAGAAAAUAUGCUACUCUUGCACCCGAAGAUGUGCAAGCAGAGUCCUGAGCACAGGGAGGGACAGGUGUGCAUAUACCAGAAUUUUCAGACUUGGAUGAAUUCAUCCUUCAUAACGCACAUCAUACUUUCCACUGUUUGUAGGAAUUUUUUCAAAGUGUCAUAAAAUAAAUGCAGAAUGGGAGGAUGGUUUGUGUGAAGCCAAGUUUCAUCUCCAGAACUGCUCAAUGGAUUUUGAUGAAAUUUGGGGGUCUACACUGAACUUUUAGAUUUAAUUUGAAGAGUACUAUCUUAAAUAGAACAUAGAGGCAGAGUUAUGGUGAUAUGGAUCCCAUACGACCAUGAUGAUUCCAUUAAUGGCUGAAGCCAACAGUGCCAUUGAAUCUGUAUUUGAAAAUACGUGGAAGUAGUUUCUGAAAAGUUAUAACAUCCAAGUUUCAGUACAGUUAUUAUGACUGCUGAUGUGUUUAAGAUGUCACCAUACAAUGAUUUAUAAAUUAUUAUCAUAACAAACA